AUGAUAAUUACAACAUGGAUUGUGUACAUUCUUGCCCGGAAAGGUGCAGGGUUCCCCUUCCCACCAAAAACCAGUUCGGACGUUGAAGUUGUAGAAAGCGAGGCUGUAUCUAUAGUACAGCACUGGCUGAAAAAAACUGAAGAAGAAGCUUCCCAGGACAUAAAGGAGAAGAUGUCCACCAACUGUACCCCCACCCAUGGCCAAGAUGUACAUGUCACCAGAGAUGUGGUGAAGCACCAUCUCUCAAAGUCCGAUUUGUUGGCAAACCAGAGUCAAGACGUCCUGGAGGAAAGAACAAGAAUCCAGUUCAUAAGAUGGAGCCAUACCCGUAUCUUCCAAGUGCCGAGUGAGGCGAGGAGUGACGUUAUGAGAGACCGAAUAGAGCAGGUGAGAAGAAGCAUAGGGAACCUUAUGGAUGAAUCAUCUCAGUGGAUUCCCAACAGAAAUUCCUAUGCAGAAUGCUGA